CCACUAGGGGCGCUUUGCUAACAAACGUGCAGCAACGGUAAACAGAUCGUCUGUUGGCUAAUUUAGCGCUAGUAGUUUAAAUGUACGGAGAAGCGGAGGAUUAAGAAAGUAUUGGAAUAUAUAUUUUACCUAAUAUUAACCUAACAGGAUGGACUUCUGAGACAGUUUACUCCAUAUAUAAAUUUAUAUUUAUAUAUAACAAGGAAACAUCAACUUCACCAUGUCAGCUGACCGAGAGCUCAACACCAACAGCGUAGAUGACAACAAACUGGUCAGGCCAAAGGUAGAGUUCCAAACUUUGCUGCAACAUGCAGGAGCAACUAAAGAUGUUUUCACCAUGAAGGAGGUUAUGUUCUACCUCGGUCAGUACAUCAUCCAGAAGCAGCUGUAUGACCAGAAGCAACAACACAUCGUCCACUGUGCCCAGGACGCUCUGGGGAAGGUGCUGGGGGUCGACAGCUUCUCUGUGAAAGAAACACGAGUUCUGUUUGCGAUGAUCACCAAGAAUCUGGUGGCCGUGAAGAGUCAAGAGUCUUCUCAAAGUUUGAGUGAAUCACAAACCAGCAGUCAAACAGAGAGAGGGGCAGAGGAGGCCGACUCAGAAAGCCGCUCUUCAUCACCAGAUAGAAGGAGAAGACGAAGGAGGAGGAGGAGAAGCAGGCGGAGCAGUGAUCCUGGCCCCUCCCACAGCAAAGAGGACGAUGAAGAUGCAGACGAGUCGGAGGAGGAUGAAGACGAUGGGAGUAGGAAGAGGAGGCGGUCUGACAGCUACUCUCUGACCUUCGAUGAGAGCCUGUCCUGGUGUGUGAUUGGUGGACUGGGGAGUGGGCGGGACAGACACAGCAGCCAAUCAUCGGAUUCGCACAGCUCAUCUGGGAGAUCAGAGGUAACGGUCGCAGCCUCGUAUUCAGACAGUGACAACUUCAGCGUAGAGUUUGAGGUUGAAUCUGUCGACUCUGAUGACUACAAUGAAGAUGAUGCUUCUCUCUCUGCAGAUGAUCAGGUGUACGAGGUCACCAUAUUUGAGGAAGAGGACGAAGACUCCUUCGAUGAAGACACGGAGAUCACUGAGGCUGAUUACUGGAGGUGUUUGGAGUGUGGAGAAUUCAACCCUCCUCUGCCCAGACACUGUCUCCGCUGCUGGACGCUGCAACAAGACUGGCUGCCUAAAGACUCAGCAAAGCUGGCCUGCUCGAGUCCCAAAGCCCUCCCACCAAAGCCAAGCAACCAAUCAGCAGCCAAAGAAGCAACAGGUUCUGAUGCUGAGGAUAACGAAGGCGUUGACGUCCCAGAUGGAAAGAGAGCAAAAACUCCCACGAUCCUGUCACAGUCCCUAUCUGACUCCGCCUCCUCCGCUCCUAACUCCCAGGAUCUCCUCUCUUGCUCCCAGCCCUCCUCUUCGUCCCAGCAGAAGCCGUGGAUGUCCGACUCCCAGCCCUCCUCCUCUGUCGACUCCCAGGAGCUUCUCCCAUCAUCCCCGUCUGCUCCUCCUCUUCCUCCGCCCCCUGCUCAACCUCCACCAGCAGUCCCCGAACUGGACCGCAGCGUCUCGGCGGAGUGGCGUCUGCCGGAGUCAUGUCUGGACCCGUGUCUCAUCUGUCAGUCUCGGCCGAAGAACGGCUGCAUCGUGCAUGGGCGGACCGGACACCUCAUGUCCUGCUACGUGUGCGCAAGGAAGCUGAAGAAGAGGAACAAGCUGUGUCCGGUGUGCCGGCUGCCCAUCCAGUCAGUCAUCCUCACCUACAUCAGCUGAGAGACGCCGUCUGUCCUCCAUCUGUCCUCACCUACCUCAGCUGAGACGCCAGUCUGCCCUCUCUCAUUCAGCAGAGCGAUUAUUAAUAAAUAAUUAGAAUUAAUUAAUGAAAGUUUUCUGAAUUUAUAGAAGCAGCUGUCACAGGUUUAUCUCCAAUCAGAUGGAAGUUCACAGUUCAGUUCCUCAAAACUUUACACAAAUGAGAAAUGAUUCAAAUUUAAAGUUCAGUUGGAGUUUUUCUGCUUCAGUCGACAGGCACAUGGAUGGAUUUUCUUGGUUUGGUUCUUUUUAAAAAGCAGGUAUUAGUUGAUUUUUUUCUUAUUGUUAAGAAAGCUCACCAGAAGGCAAAAACCAACAGUUUGGAAGAACAUCUUGUAAGACUAAAUUUCCGUAUUAGGCUGGCUAUGCAUACACCAGGGGUUCUCAACUGGUCUGGUAUCUGGACCCACCUCCUUAAAGACAAACCAGGACCCAAAUUUCUUUGAUUUUCAAUUGCAACCACGUUUUUAUUUUUAAAGGGUCCAAAUGGAUUGAGUUGGAACAUAAAAUGUGAUGGAACAAAGAGAUGACAUGUUCUUCCAAAUAAAAGCACACCGUAGGCUUUUUGCCCCGAUCCCCCAGUUGAGAAUCAAGGCACUAGACAGUUUUGGAAUCCUGACAACAUAAGGACAGUUUCCACUUAUUUUUAACAUUAUAAAGCACACUAGAUGAUUCAGUCAGACCCCUGAGACAACACACCCGCUGUUGUGUUUCACAACAGAGUUCCACAGACGAGAUCUCACAGACACUCAGGAUCAAACGUGACUUCAGAGGAAAAUCAAACAUGGAGGACGAUCAGUGUCGGCAGACCUUUAAUGAUAGAUCUUUGUGAGGCAUUAAGUCAUGCACAUUGCCAUGAUUCCAUAAGGUUGUCCUCUUUGCACAGUCUUGUUAGUGUUUACUGCCAUGCUUUUGAGCUGUACAAGUAUGCAACAUCCUGUUGGCUAUUCGCUGUCUGAGGCAGCCUGAUGCUUGAUACUGGUGGAGGUCCAGACUCAGUCAGGAGCAGUAAAAUAAUCUCUAUUGACAAAAAUGAUCACCAGGUCCUCCUCAAGAGUUUGGUGAUCUGUCGGUUGUUGUACUGCUCCUAAUUAAGUGUAAACCUCCCGAUUCCAGCCGGUAAGAGAAAGAAGACUCAUCUGGGAUGUUUCCCACUGUUACAGGUCACGAACACGGCUGUGAACGUAAAUACUAUGUUUGCUGAGCUGUGACGAUUCCCUCUUUACUCACUGUGAUCUGGGAUUGUAAAUUUUAGAGAAAAAUCUUAAUUAUUGCACACUUUUUUUUUUUUUUUUUUAAGGAUUGAUCAAAUGAGUUUUUGUCUCUUUGGUGAAUCCAAAUCAGCGUCUCCCUGCAGCCUCAGUGACGUAGAAUAAGUCCACCAAUGCUCCUUAAUGUCUCAUUUCACUUUAAAAACUCACAAACAGCUCAGAGGAGAAGUCAGAAGUCGUGACCCUUUUUACUUUCCUUUUCAAUCCAUUACAGGCUCCUUUUUUCCUGUGAUUAACAUUUAAAUCUUUGGUCUACCUGUAAAGCCAGUUACCUUUUGCUGAAGACAGUAGAAUAAUCUAAAAAGACACAAAUAAAUUUUUUUGUUUUUAAAAUGCGAUCUAGAGGAUGCAGCUAACUGCGAUUGACUACAAAAAUUCGGAGCUUUGACAGUCCUAAUAUUUACCACCAGAGGUCUGAGAGGCUCUGGCUUCAUCAGGAGAAGUAAAAUUUCUGUUUUGAGGAUUUAACGGCAGAUAAUCGAUUGUGAACUGAGGUAUUCCCCCCCUUCCUGAUAGUUUUGAUGCCAAAUUUGAUCCAAAACUGUCGAGUGUAUAGCCAGCUCUAGAAAUUGCUUGUGACUUCCGUGUGAAGCAUAUGUUGUUGGUUUUUGGUUUCUUUGUGGGAUUUAUGACAGUAACAAAGGCAUACUAAUGCACGAAUGACACUUAACUCUGUGUGAUCUUUAUUAUUUCCUCUCUUUUCUCUCAUAAACAGUUAAAUUUACUCAGACUUUAAAGGAGCAAUCUGCAAAAGUAAAUGUGUGUAUGAGAUGAUCUGAUUAUUUGUUUUUCCUUAUUAGAGAUGGUAUCUGGGUGAUUUUAUUCUUGUAGUCUGGCUCAUUUAUAGACAAAAACAUUUCAGUGUAUCAUCUUACCUAAAUUGGGGUAAAAUCGGAUUGUUCCUUUAAGUCUUGACACAUCAUUUGGUAACACUUUAUUCUUCCAGGUAACGUUUUACUUCAUGGGUCUGAAAUGUCCUACAUCUCCUCUAAAUUUGGCACUCAUUAAAGGAAAAAUAGGACUUUUCAUACAGUAUUUAUGUGUCUUUAUAAUUAGAAAUCUCACCUUGUUUGACUUAAAGGCUUGAUUUUGCACUAUCUAAUAAUUUAUAUUCAUAGUAAUGAAGUAUAGAAAUAAAACGUGUUCUAUUUCUAUUUAAUGAGCGCCAAAUGAAACGCCUUCUUCCUGGCGAUGUUUUCGAAAUCAAAAUCAUUUAAAGACCCAUAAAAUUAAACAUUACCUCCUCUUUAUUUUAUAGGUCUGAUAUUUCCUUGGAAAGAAAUGUGCAAUUUAAAAGUUAUUAUUGUGACAUAGCAGCUAACCGCUUAAUUGGCUUAUUUAUUUUUGAAACUUUGUUCAUCCAACAUGUUGUAGAUAAAAAUUGUGCCUCGUUCUUUCCAGUUAAAUGAGAAGGAAAUGAUAAAAGUAGGAAAUGACAGCCUAUAAAUAGAAGUGUUACUCGAUGUCUGUAUGAGAAUAUUUAUUGUGAGUUUAUUUAAGAUGCUCCUGUUUAUUUAACAGCCUUUUUUAUGAUCUCUUUAAAUAGUAAGAUGAAUAUAAGAGACCUCUAAUUUCUAAUGUUCUGGGUUGAGAAUUUUCUGUGAACUGAAUAAAAUUUAUCUUGUGUUAAAA